AUGAUUUGGCCGGUUUUCCCAGACCACUGCCGGGCUGGGUUUCAGGACUCAACUUCCAAGUGGUCUUCUGUUUGGCCAGUGGUCACUAUCGCUGCCACCAUGAAAAUCUCCCUGCUGCUCCUGUCUCUCCUUUCUCUCCUAGGAGCCAUCUUGGAAGUCAGAAGCGAAGGAACCGUGAAGCUCUGCGGGCGAGAGUUUAUCAGAGCGGUCAUCUACACGUGCGGGGGGUCCAGAUGGAAGCGUCAUUUGGAUCUCGGUCUGGAGGACGUACUAGGGGAGAGAAGCCCCCUCUUCCCACGCUCCAAUGACAGGGAGGAUUCGGGUGAGACUUGGGAGGACUGGAUUCUGCAGCCAAACGUGGAGUCCGGCCCCGACCCCGACUUCAGACCCGGGGCUGCGGGGAGACCGUGGGGCCCCCUGUCUCACACCUCCCAAGAGCGUCGUGACCUGAAAACGCCCCUCACCACAUCCUGCUGCCAGAAAGGCUGCAGGAAAACAGACUUGAGCUCACUCUGCUAG